UUAGGAUACUGGUCUCCAGAUCUCAAUAUGGGUUUCCAGGCCGAGCGUUUUGAAUUCGAGGCGGCGAAGGGUGGGAUCUAUUACUUCGAGGCUUUGACGGUUGUCUCAGCCCUCGAACGAGCCUGCUCACUGUCCCCUCGGCCUAAGCGUGUGGUUAUUUUCUGUGAUAACUCGAACUCAGUCGACGUUUUUAAUUCCCUCUCAGCCGACGCCCCUUACAAUGACAUCCUUUACUAUUCUAUUCGCCUCCGACUCCUCUACGGUGUUCAGCUGCGGGUUGUUCAUGUGGCGGGCAAGGAGAACGUUAUCGCAGAUGCUAUCUCUCGGUUUGAUUCCGCUACCAUCCACCAACACCUCCCUUCUCUCCCAAUUUACCCUUUUCAACCCCCUCGAUUGCCGCUGGGGGCGCCGCGA